GGGAUGACGGUGAAUCCUGCUGGUGUGCUGUGAAUGUGAAGCAGGACGGACUGGCAGUUUGUGUGCAGGAGGGAAAAGCAAUCGGUCCAGGGCCCCUGGAUUAGCAGAAUAAGGAAAGGAAAGGAGAGAAGGAAAAUAUAGCUGACAAAAGUAGGCAUAGAUCUCCAGCACAGUUUCAAGGGGUAAAGCCUGCCUGCCUGGACUUUAAAGAAGCACCCACACGGCCACAGAGGCAUCCUCCAGGACUGGCAACAGCGCCGUUCAGUUUCCCCUCAGCGCUGCAAAGAUGAAUUUCCUCCGGCGGCGUCUCUCAGACAGCAGCUUCGUGGCAAACCUGCCCAACGGGUACAUGAUGGACUUGCAGCGCCCGGACAGCUCCACGAGCUCCCCGGUGUCUCCUGCCACGGAGAGGAAGCACCUGCAGCCGCCCCAGCCGUCACACUCCUCCUCCACGGGCAGCAGCAUCUUCAGCUCCAUCUCCAGCGCCAUGAAGCAAACCACGCAGGCGGCUGCGGGCCUGAUGGAGCACUCGGCCGGGCCCGCGCCCCCCGCGGCACCGAAACCGAAGGUCCUCCUGGUGAUCGAUGACGCGCACACGGACUGGGCCAAAUAUUUCCAGGGGAAGAAGGUGAAUGGAGAAUUUGAUAUCCGAGUGGAACAGGCUGAGUUCUCCGAGUUGAACCUGGCUGCUUACGUCAUGGGUGGCUGCAUGGUGGACAUGCAGGUCAUGAGAAACGGCACCAAGGUGGUCAGGUCCUUCAAGCCGGAUUUUGUGCUGAUCCGCCAGCACGCCUACAGCAUGGCCCUGGGGGAAGACUUCCGCAGCCUCAUCAUCGGCCUGCAGUACGGCGGCGUCCACACCGUCAACUCCCUCCACUCCAUCUACAACUUCUGCAGCAAGCCCUGGGUGUUCUCUCAGCUCAUUAAAAUCUUCAACUCGCUGGGCCCUGAGAAGUUCCCCUUGGUGGAGCAAACAUUCUUCCCAAGCCAUAAGCAGAUGCUCACAACUCCAAAUUUUCCUGUAGUGGUCAAGCUGGGACAUGCUCAUGCUGGAAUGGGGAAGGUCAAAGUUGAGAACCAGCACGACUUCCGGGACGUGGCCAGCAUAGUAGCCAUGGCAAAAACCUAUGCCACCACCGAGCCAUUCAUUGACUCCAAAUACGACAUCCGAAUCCAGAAAAUUGGCAGCAACUACAAGGCUUACAUGAGGACUUCCAUCUCUGGAAACUGGAAGGCAAACACAGGUUCUGCGAUGCUAGAACAGAUUGCAAUGACAGAGAGGUACCGACUCUGGGCAGAUGCCUGCGCAGAAAUGUUUGGAGGUCUGGAUAUCUGUGCUGUCAAAGCUGUCCACAGCAAAGAUGGAAAAGACUAUAUCAUUGAGGUGAUGGACAGCUCAAUGCCCCUGAUUGGGGAGCACAUAGAAGAGGACAGACAACUUAUAGCUGAUCUGGUUGUUUCCAAAAUGACUCAGCUUGUCGCCACUUCUGGAUCUACACCAUCACCACUGAGGCCUUGGCCUCCACAAGCUCAGCCUGUGUCAAUGAAAUCUCAGACUGGACCUCCACUUGGACAACUGUCACAACCACGGCCUCCUCCACAAGGUGGACCACGCCAGCCACAAGGAUCUCAGCCUCCCCGAACAAACGCACCCCCACAGCAGCGGCUGUCUCCUCAAGGACAGCAGCCCCAGAGUCCCCAGUCCACUUCCCCUCAGCAGCAAAGGUCACCUGGAUCUCCACAGCAAAUCCGAUCAGCAACUGGCUCCUCGCCAGUGCAGGCCUCCAAGGCAGGCGCGUUCCCUCCACAGCAGCCUCGGCCUCCUGCCCAAGGCCGGGCUCCCAGCCAGCCGAGCCCCACGGAAAUGUCCAAGCAGCAAACCACCCCACACCCACACCUGAACAAAUCGCAGUCCCUGACAAACAACUUCAGCAUACCUGAGUCAUCUCAGCGAGGAAAUGCCACUGAAGAUGAAGCAAAAGCUGAGACCAUCCGCAACCUGAGGAAAUCAUUUGCUAGCCUGUUUUCUGAUUAACAGUCCUGCAGCUGGAUCUGUGCUUUUGUCAGCCCUCAUUCUACAUUAUGUCAUACCUGAUGUCAUCCUGGAAUACACUCAGUGAACCCAGCGAUUUACAACUAACACCUGGGUAAAGGGAAUUUAGAGAACUAUAGUUGUUUUAAUACAAAGAAAAUAUUCAAAUAAUGAUCUGAAAAGUGA